GAAGCCAUGGUCAACUCCACUGUGUUCUUCUACAUCAUGGCCUAUGAUGAGCCCUUGGGCCACGUCUGCUUCAAGCUGUUUGCAGACAAAGUUCUAAAGACAGCAGAAAACUUUCAUGCUCUGAGCACUGGAGAGAAAGGAUUUGGCUAUAAGGGUUCCUCCUUUCACAGAAUGAUUCCAGGAUUCAUGUGCCAGGGUGGUGACUUCACACACCAUAAUGGCACUGGUGGCAAGUCCAUCUACGGAGAGAAAUUUGAGGAUGAAAACUUCAUCCUGAAGCAUACAGGUCCUGGCAUCUUGUCCAUGGCAAAUGCUGGCCCAAACACAAACGGUUCCAAGUUUUUUAUCUGCACUGCCAAGACUGAAUGGAUUGAUGGCAAGCAUGUAGUCUUUGGGAAGGUGAAAGAAGGCAUGAACAUUGUGGAAGCCAUGGAGUGUUGUGGGUCCAGGAAUGGCAAGACCAGCAAGAAGAUCACCAUUUCCGACUGUGGACAACUCUAAUUUCUUUUGACUUGAGGGCAUUUUACCCAUCAAACCAUUCCUUCUGUAGCUCAGGAGAGUGC